AUGGGGUUUCUCCUAUUGGCAGAAACAUUAAAGGAUUAUGCGGUAAAAGCCAUUGUGAACACCGUCGAUCAUCUGGGUUCUGUGACAUACAAGGUUAACAAUUUUUUGGAAGAAAGGGUUAAUGAGGUUUCUGGAACAGAGCUUCGGGUAUCUUGCUUCGAAGAGAGAGUACGAAAAUGCCAAGAGUAUAUUGACCAUGAGAGAAUUUCCCAACAGUCGUCGAUGAUCAAAACACCGAAGUACCAUAAACGUUACAUCUUGCCAGUUGGGGAGACCUUGCAUGGUGCAAACCAAACCAAGUCAAAAUAUCAAGGAUACAGUCUAGACGAUGAAGACAACUGCCAUCGGUUCAGGAAUGCUGUUCGAGCUACAAUUAGGGAAGUCCGAUCGCCACAAUCUGUCGGGGAAACCUCGGCAUCUUCAAUCAGAAGAGGACGUUCUCCAUCACCUUCUCCUCAGCCUCGACAACGAUCCACAAAGUUUUCCUUUACUGUUACCAUGCCAAAGAAAGAAUUAGAGAAGCGAGCAGUAUCACCUCAUCGAUUUCCUCGUUUGAGUUGUGGAUCUGAUAGCAGGCCUACAACCCACAAUAAGAGCCGGUCAAGUACUCCAAAUUCGGAUGGUGCGAGACGACGGUUUCCAUCAGAACCUCGGAAAUCGGCUGUUGAUUUUGAGAAAGACAACACCACCAACGACAUUGAACAAUAUCUCACCAAAAGUAAGAGACUGCAAGCAUUUUUUAGUCGUGGCAAAUGAAAGAAAGAUGAUAUG